UUUAACUCUUAUUUUGAAAAGCCUUCUACACGUCUCCUUUUAUGGGUACUCUCGCGAGAUUUAGACCAAAUAGACUCCUGACAAGUUUUGCUGAAAUGUUCAGCCAUACAAGUCAGCAUACAGAGCUACACAAAACUAUUUUGCGAGGAGAGGAGCAGCCAACUCUCCAGAGAUGUGAGGACUACUGUUCCUUGUACCACUGUCCUUUCUGUGGGCCCGAAAUGUUCAAACCCACCAUCAAAAGCAAAUGUUUAAAACAUUUAGAAGGUCACAGAAGAAGAGCGAUACGGCACAAGGAGUUCUUCAUUUUUAAAUGUCAUUUAAAGUGCCGAACUGCUCCACACUUUCACUGCGUUAGCUGCACAUCCACUUUUAUGAGGAAAGAUGGUUUUCUAAAACACCUGGCCAUGUGCGAGAGCAAAAAACCCAAAGUGACAGUUGUAGAGUUGAAAUCAGACGAGAGUUUACCUGCACCAGAUCUUCAUCUGACUACAUCUGAGGCUGGCAGUACUGAGGAGAUGCCUGUCAGUGAAGGACACAAGAAUCUGAUCUCUGAAGAUGCUCUGAAAAUCAGGAGAAGAAAAGCAUACUUUGAGCAACACUUGUGUCCUAAAAGGGCUGUAAGUGAGGAGACAGUGAGCCAGGGGAUGGCAGACCAAAACUCCAGAGGUGACGGAGGGAUUAUGGAGGAGCAGGUGAGAACAGAUGACCCAACUAUAUCCCCAGUGGAUGAAGGAGAUCCUUCAGUGGUAGAUCUCUCCGUAGUGGAUCAUAAUGUCACAGAGACCACUGUCUCAAAUUCUGCUGCCAGUCUUCAUCCUAUAGAGGCUGAUGUCGCCAUACAGACUUUGGUAAAUGAGACGUUCUCUGGACACACAUCUGUUGAAAGCACCAUCCCACAAAGAUCCAGAUCUGAUGCACAAGAUCUGUGUCCGUUCUGUGGUUUAAUGCUGUACAGGAAGAAUCUGCAGGUGCAUUUAAGAAGGAAGCACCCAGAUCAAAUGUCAAACCUGGAGAAACCUGCCUCUGCUCAGGUGAAAAACCCAAAACAACAGAGACUUGCUUUGCGACAACAACAGAAGAUUGCAAUGGAGAGUGAAAUCAGAGCUGUGUUCAGACACUGUAUCAGCUUUCCUGUGCCCAUUUCUGCCUCUGUGGUUGCUGAUGAGCUGGUGGACACUGCCAAUGAAAAGCAUUGUAUCACCAUAUUGACCCGUUGGAGUCAGUGUGAUUUGGAGAGAGGGGUGAAACUGCGUUUCUCUCAGAGAUGGACUGUACUGUGUAAACACGACACAGUCGAGCAUGUGCUGCCGUCUGGAACAAGCUCACACAUAGAGAAGGAGUUGCUCAGCAGCCAUUCUCCUUCUGGGACUAUUCAAGCUGUCAUCCGGGAGGAUGCAGGACAUCAGUAUGUGGAGGUUUGGGGCCAGAAUGGUCUGGAGAAAAGUUUGGACCUUACAGCUCUAAAUAAACAUGGAAAAGUGUAUGAAGAUGCUCAGUUUGCAUGUCUGGCCUGGUCACCAUGUGAAAAAAAGUUGCUCUAUGUGGCUGAAAAAAAGAGGGUGGAGCCAUCAGCACAUUCGUCAGUUGCAUCAGCCAAUGAGGAUGGUGGGCUAGUGUUGCUUGAGGAACAGGACAAGAACAUAUAUGUUGAAGACUGGGGUGAAGGUCUGGUGGGUAAGAGCUGUCCUGUCUUGUGUGUGGCUGAUCUCAACAAAGGGGCAGUUAUCGUAUAUGCUGGCGUCCCUCCGCAUAUAUCACCAGGACAGGCUCUGUGGGCACCUAAUGGAAGGGGCGUGAUGUUUGUGGGCCAUUGGAAUGAGCCAUUUAGACUGGGCUUGAAAUUCUGCUCUAAUCGUAGAUCAGCCCUCUACUACCUGGAUAUGAAAGGGAACUGUGAGUGCUUGUCAGCUGAAGGUGUGUCUGUUUCAAGCCCUCGAAUGAGUCCAGACUCGUGCUGGAUCGUAUACUUGCAGGGACAGGUGUUUGGACCACAUCGUCAGUGCCUGAGAAUGAUGCUGUAUGACAUGAAGAACAGAAGCACUUCAGUCUUAGUAGAUGUGGUCAGGAGAGCAGAAAAAGGUCAGUUUGCUGGAAUAUACGAAUCAUUGCCAUCUCAAUGCUGGUCUGCAGACAAUGAAAGAGUCUUCUUUAGCAGUUCCUGUGAAAAUAGUAAGGCAGUGUUCUCAGUUGACAGAACCACAGGAAGAGUCACACAAGUGUGUGGACUGGAUGCGCUAAGACUAGAUGAUUUCGGGAGUGUGCAACUGUUGACAAUACAAAAAGACCUGAUGGUGAUGAGCUGCUCAUCUCCAAAUCAACCUCCCUGCCUGAAAGUUGGCUUCCUCUCAUCAGUGGAUCAGGCUGAAGACAUGCAACUUUGUAAUGUGGGCGGAGCAGAUGUGUAUGAGGGAUUUGAUUGGCAGCCCAUGUUGAUCACACCCCCUUCUCAAGAGGAGAACCAUCAGUUCUCUGGACUGAAUUUUGGAGCAAUUUUGUUGAAGCCGUACAAUCUUCCAGAGAGAAGGAAAAGUCCUCUAGUGGUGAAUAUACAUGGUGGUCCUCAUGCUCAUUUUGCUGCUGACUGGAAUGCCACUGCCGCUGCUUUAACCAAACUGGGAUUUGCUGUUCUGAUGGUGAACUACAGGGGCUCCACUGGUUUCGGUCAAGAUGGCAUUGAGUCUCUGCUUGGAAACGUUGGCAGUCAGGACGUCAAAGAUGUUCAUAGGGCAGUGUUGUGCACUUUGCAGAAUGAGACGACCCUUGAUCCUGAUAGGGUGGCAGUGAUGGGUGGCUCUCAUGGUGGUUUUCUGGCCUGCCACUUGGUUCAUCAUCAACAAUAUCUCUACAGAGCUUGUGCAGCAAGAAACCCUGUGAUCAACGCAGCCACACUGCUUGGAACCAGUGAUAUUGUAGACUGGAGAUACUCCUCUGUGGGGAUUCAGUAUGCUUUUGACCGGCUGCCCACAUCACAGUCCCUCAUUUCAAUGCUGGAAAAGUCACCCAUAAUACACGCUGCACAGAUCCGUGCUCCUGUGUUGUUGAUGUUGGGUGGCAGAGACAGGAGAGUAUCACCUCACCAGGGUCUGGAGCUCUACAGAGCACUCAAGAGCAGGAAUACACCUGUCAGAAAAAAGGAAGUCAUGUUUGGGACAACAUGAGGGUUGGUUUUAGUCGAGUGAGUGAUGUGUGUGAACGAGAUUGGAGACAGGAUGGCUGUGGAAUGUGCUGCACUGUCAUUGCAGGUGCCUCUCCCAGAAUGCACUUCUGUUCUUCGUGUGAUGUCACGAUAGCAUCAGUCCUCCUGUCACCGCGACAAUGGCUGUGCUGUUGACCCCACCCCCCAGACCCCAAUAAUUAUCCAAGGCUAGAUUGUGAUUGGAGGGGUCAGACUAAUAGGGCACCCCAUGUAAGGAAACCACAGAGAUAAACUCAUGCCAGACUGAAUUACAACACUUGCAUGCACACACUCACUCUAUAAUUCCCAGUUCAGCCUCAGCAAGACUCCAGUGCCGUCACACAGGACGAGUAAUAAUUACACGGAAAUGAAACCUUUCAUUUAACAAUGUCAUCUGUCCCUUUGCCCCCUUCCGCUCUCUCUUUCAUUCUCUUUGUUUCCCCAUCAUCAAGAUGAAUUGAGCUGAAAUGCAAUUCUUUCAAGUGCAUGUGCCCACCAUGUGUUCCUGUCCCAGUGUGAGUGUGUGUGCGUGACUGAUUGACUGUGGUGAAAGCGAGCUGCCAAACCAAAUCGACAUAAAUCUACACUUAACCACAGAGGCUCCAGCAAUUACACAAAAGCUCUGUUUCAAAACCUAGUGUGCGGCUUCACUACCUACUACUCACAUAGACUGCUGUCUUCUAAGGCAGCAUCUUAACCUUCAUGAAACCUCUUAAAUGACUGAUUUAAAACACUCUUCAGUUUGCAAUUGAGGUUAAAGUCUGCCUUCAGUUUUGAAUACCAUCUCAAAAUCAAAUCAACAACCGAUGUGUAGUACCAAGUCCCUGUCCUACAUUUAAUUUGUUAAACUUUGUUACGUCACAGUGCAGAUUAAAUCUCUCGUUACAUCUGUUUUUAUUGCAACUUUAAUGUUAGAAUGUAGCUAAGCUAAAAACAAGACACUUUAAUAAGCAUAGAAAUAUGUAGCACACACAAGUAUUGGGUAUGUUAA